GCCGAGAGAACCCGCUAAAUGUCCAUCCCCCGUGUGGCCGAGGCUGAAAUCGGCAUAGCAGCUGGCUGCAGGUCGGCGAAAUAUGUUCAAUCGGAUAGAUGCGAGCAAAUCGACGAAAGGUGCGAGCAAACUGCGAAGGGACCUGAUAAACGCAGAGAUCGCGAACCUACGCGACCUCCUGCCCCUGCCGCCAUCGACGAGGCAGAGACUAUCCCAGCUUCAGCUUAUGGCACUCGUAUGCGUCUUCCUGAGGAAGGCGAAUUACUUUCAGCACGUUUUGAAAAACGACCAGGAGUCCGCAAGCAUGCCCACGCCGAACAUUGGAUUCUCAAAGGCCAUGUCCGGCUUCAUUAUGAUGAUGACUCAACAGGGCAAGCUGCUGUACAUAUCGGAAAACGCCGCCGAGUACCUGGGACACUCGAUGGAGGACCUUUUGAUCCACGGCGACAGCGUGUACGACGUGGUCGACAAGCAGGACCACAUGGUAAUACAGAGCCAGCUGGGCAGGAGCAGCGGCCCCGGUGCACCGGACGACAGGAGAUUAUUCCUCUGCCGUAUAAACGUGUCGCGGAACUCGCGCAGGCAGCUUCGCUUCGGAGAUCAAAAGGUGGUACUCGUGGAGGGCCAUUACCUGCCGUUUGUGCAGCUCUGCAAUCGCAACGAGUCGGUGUUCUUGGCAUCGUGCACGCCGGUCGUUCUGCCCGAAACACGAGAGAGCGUCGUGCAGGGCGCGACCAACAUCUUCACGACGAUUCACUCGAUGGACAUGAAAUACCUGCACAUCGACAAAACAGCCGAGAGCCACAUGGAGUACAGUCGGUCGGAGCUGGUCGGUGUCUCCUGGUACAACCUCCUGCAUUGGGACAGUAUACGUACCGCGUACUGUAAGCACCAAACUGUUAUACAGUCGGAUCAGGAGAGGUCGAGCACGGCUCUGCUUAGGCUACAGAGUCGAUCCGGCAGGUGGUUCUGGGUCCACUGCGUCCUACAAGUCAAAGAUACGUCCGAAGAGUGCCAGCAUCCUAUUAUUGUCUGUACCAAUCAAGUAUUAAGUGAUAAAGAGGCUGAGAUAUUGCGCGCAAGUUCCUGGUUAUAUCAGUAUUCGUCGCAGACCAAGUACACGUACGGAGUCUGCGCGAGUUUGCCAAACUCGGGGCCACAGCCGCCUCCGCCGGUUCAACACCACCAACAGCACACGCCGCCGCCUUUGGUCUACGCCCCCGAGGGUCCCGGGGUCAUCGCGGACUACAACAACGGCAGGCCGGGUUUAACGCCCUACGGACUACCGCUACCACCACCGCCACACGAGCUCGAGCUCGGCCCUGUCGGCUAUCAUCAGAUGGACGACGGACAGAUCGCUGUCCCAUGGAGCAAGGAGAGGACGCUCGUUAAGCAGGAGCCUGGAGAGGUCUACGGGGAAGCGAAUAACGCGGUGAGGACGAGUCAGCAGCGGUCGAUCCACGGACAGGAGAGCGAAGCGGCCGAGCCUGUCGAUAUGUCCAUCAACAACAGCGCGACGCCCGGCGAAUUACACGACGAACGCCAUCCGGCUAUGCAUCAGCACUGCAAUGCCGGACCCGCUGAAUUCUGUCCGUGCAACAAGGCACACUUGCCCAUGAUGCAGCACAACAACAAGAGUCCGAACCGGCCGAUGUCGACGAGCCUGCCUACGUACCUUCGCCCCGGCAGCAAGUCCCUGUCGUACUUCAUGUCGAACCAGCCACACUCGCCCGGGCAGCAGAUGCAUCAGCAGAUGUCACCAGGGAUGGCCCCUAGUCCGGACAACAACGGCGGCCUCAAGUACAACAUCGUCGACCUGGACAAACUGAGCAGUCACCCGGCGGAUCAGUCGCCCCAACCGCCACCACCGCCGGACAUCUACGGGCCGACCUACUCGCAGAAGCGACAACUGCUGCUGCUCCACCAAACCAAAGCCCCGAACCAACAACCCGGAGAACCACCGCAUCCCUGCGUGGCCGACGCUGCUCAUCAUCAUCUCGCGCAUCACCACCCGCGCUACAUCUAUCCCUCUGACGACCGGCAGGAGCAGUGGACGAGUCCAAGCGGACCGGCUGCGUCGUCCCCGAGCACACCAGGCCUCUGGCCCGACUGCGGCCUUCAGAGGGUCCCGGAUGUGGUCCACCAGGAACUCAGUCCCUACAUCACGACCCCGACUACCCCAGCCGAUACCCCGGACGACUCAUCCGAGCACCAAACCACCCCGGGCACCACACCCGUAUCCGUCUUCAACUUCGACUGGCCGGGCGAGCAACACGUGCCCAAUCUACGCGUGCUGUCCUUCCGCAGCAGCAACAGCGUCGCUGGGAACUACCCCGAGACCAGGAGGCCAACGGAAAUCGUCCAGCCCAUCACUCUGCAGCUGCCCAGAAAGAAGAACAUCGUGGACUCGCCGCAUCGGGACUACGCCAAGUGAUGCCUUGCGUAUUUUUGAUCUUUUUAUACGUUCCUUUUUUUCUCUUAUUUUUAGUCUUUAAUUUUUUUUUUUUUUAAUUAGCGCGCGCGGAGAGGAACGACCUGAAACAAGUGUUCUAUAGAUCUUUCUCAUACAGUACUACCUUUUCUCAUAAUCAAAAUCGGAUGAAAGCUGCAAUAUCGAUAUCAAUAUAGACUCUAAGAGCGCAAUAGCUGUACUAUUCCAUAUAAUAUCCAGUGUGCCAUUUAAUACUUUUCCCCGGCGGUAUGUAGCGUACAUAUAUAUAUAAACGCAAUCCCCCUCCGAGCACGAGUCGACGGAUUUAUGCGAGAGAAGGAUUGAAUUUUCGUAUAUAGAACGUAUUCGCGCGAUCUAUCUUAUAUUCUCCUUAAUUUUUUUUCUCUCCUCUUUUAGUGUGAUAUUUGUUGUAGUCGAGAUUUUGUAUUAUAUUACGUAACGUAUAUAUAGUGUGAAAAUUUCAUCCUUUCGAUUGCCUGAAACGAUAGGAUGAUAAUAUUUUUCUGAUAUAAAUCCGUAUACUUAUAAGUGAUCGAUGUGGAGAACUCGUAGAAAUACUUUAAUAGUUGCCAAUUUGUAUAGCUAGUAAGGAUAUCGUGUGCGUCGAUGUAGGAAGAAACGUGUGUGAUUAUAAAUUACUGCAAUGCGUAGGAGAGGACAGUCUUGUUUCUGAAAAAAAAAAAAACAAAAAAAAAAAGAGUAUUUUCUUAAUCGAGUUUCGAACGAUAGGUAGACGUUCGAGGGUUCGAUCGAAAAAAAGUUGAGGUGUAUCUGCGAUCGAACGAACGAACUGUGUGCUAUAUCUAUGCGUUCGAAAACUUGACGAUGGUUUUUAAUGAGAUAUCUUUAGCUAUUGACUACGUUUACACGGGAGAAUUUUUCCUUCCGCCGUAGUACUAUAUACGUUAAGCGAUAUCGUUCCUAAUAAAUUGAAGCUUCUGAAA